AUGGGAGGAGGAUUUAGAGCACUGCAUCUGGUGAAACCGUUCCUUUCUUUCCUGCCGGAAGUUCGAAGCCCCGAUAGGAAGAUUCCGUUUCGAGAGAAGGUGACGUACACGGUUCUAUCUCUCUUCAUCUUCUUAGUAUGCAGCCAGCUUCCUCUGUACGGCAUUCACUCCACCACCGGUUCGGACCCUUUCUAUUGGAUUCGUGCUAUCGUUAUUUCUAGCCGCGGCUCCGUCAUGGAGUUGGGAAUCGCGCCGAUCGUGACGUCGUCGUUAGUCGUCCAGUUCUUGUCGCAGAUUGUUCACGUCGACAACAAUGUUCGUGAGGAUCGCGCACUGUCAAUCGGUGCUCAGAAGCUUCUGGCAAUCUUGAUAGCGAUCGGUCAGGCUGUCGGUUACAUUCUGUCAGGAAUGUACGGAAGUGUAGCUCUACUUGGUGUAGGGAAUGCAGUUCUCAUAAUUCUUCAAUUAUGCUUUGCUGUUAUCGUUAUAAUGUGCUUAGACGAGCUUCUCAAUAAGGGUUACGGCCUCGGUUCCGGGAUUUCCUUAUUCAUCGCUACCAAUACCUGCGAAAACGUUAUCUGGAAAGCGUUCAGCCCGACGACUAUCAACACGGGGCGGGGCCCGGAGUUUGAGGGUGCAGUGAUCGCCUUGUUCCAUUUGCUUAUAACAAAAACCGAUAAAGUAGCUGCAUUCAGAGAGGCGUUCUACCGACAGAAUCUUCCGAAUGUCAAUAGUCUUCUUUCCACCGUACUUGUCGCCCUAAUCGUGAUUUACGUGCACGGCUUUCGAGUGGCGUUGCCUGUGAGAUCCAGGAACGCGCGUGGCCAACAGGACUCUUACCCGAUUAAGCUUUUCUCCAACUCGAAUAUGGCUAUUAUUCUUCAGUCUGCACUUGUGACCAAUCUCAAAGGCAUCUCUCAGUUGUUGUACACGAGAUACGGUGGAUAUUUCUUGGUCAACUUGUUGGGGAAGUGGCAAGAAUCUCGAUAUUCCGGUCAAUCGGUUCCUGUAGGUGGACUCGCUUAUUAUAUUACUGCUCCGUCAAGCUUAGCCGAAAUGGCGGCAGAUCCUUUUCAUGCAGUUUUCUAUAUAGCAUUCAUGCUUACUGCAUGUGCCAUGCUUUCGAAUUUAUGGAUGGAAGUUUCCGGAUCUUCGGCCAAAGAUAUCGCCAAACAGCUCAAGGCAAGUUCGAUUAAUUAAACUCCGAAU